AACUCUGUCGCAAUGUGCUGUAGUGUCGUCACGCUUUACGGGCAGGCGGCACGUGACGUGCAGCUUGGCGGUGUGACGCAUUUGUGAUCAAACCCUAAAAAUGUUGGUCAGGCUCAGCAGAAGACUGGUGCCAUUUGUGCACAAAUACCGAAAUGGCUUGCUUAUUUCUUCAUGCGGCGGUGUCUUCUCUAUCAGUAUCUUUUACCACGUGUUCCCAGAGCAGACAUAUAAGAAAAUCUACCAGGCCUGGUGCCAGGGACAACCUGCUGUCCUUUCUGAAAACCUGCAGAAUUCGUUCCAAGAAGUGCUCAAGGAAACCAAGGUUCGCUCACCGCAAAACUACCGAGCGUUCGCAGCCUUUGGCUUUCACCCAAUAAGCGCCGGAAUCCCUUGGAUGCCAGGUAGGGCUCACGUGGGCAUUCCUGCCAACUUUAACAGUACUACAGAAGACAAAAGUGGAAUUAAAAACAGAGUUGUUAUAAUAAAUGGGAAGGAAGUGGACUGGGAAGGCACCCAAGGAGCAUUACUGAAGGAAGCUCUGACGUUUUCACCAGAAGCAAAGAAGUUUGCCCUGGCUCGGGAACUCUCUUGCCUGGAGAUCAGUGGGCCUGUUUUAUAUGCUGCCGUGGCACCCGCAUGUUUGGCUGCUACUUGGUUUUCAGGAGUUGUGAUAAAACAAAUGUUUGGCCUGUACUCUCGACCUGUGGCAGUUCGUGGACUUGUAAAUUUGGCAGUGGCCUUGUUGGGUUCGUCGUGUUAUUUUCUUGCCUCCGAUGCAGUCAAUCAGUGGCUCGAAUAUCACACUGACCGCAAGGUUGCCAGUCUUUCUGAGGAGUAUGCAUGGGGGGGAGUCGAGUUUUAUGACAAAAUCCUGGCUCGGAAUAGAACUCUUCGAGUACUGAUGGGUAGAAAAGGAGAAGAGAUGUACGCUCCAAGUGGCAAUUUGUUUCCUAAACACUGGAUCAGAUUAAAAUAUGCACCUUAUACCGCAAGAAAAGAGCGCCUACUCCGUAUUUUAAACCGAUAUAGGGUGCACCAACAAUAACUAAGACCUUGAAGCCAGUGGUACAAGUAUGCAUAGUUAAUAAAGAAUUUAUGCAAAUAAAAA